AUGUUUAACAAGCUCUCUGUAGAGAGCUAUCAAAUUCCGUGGCUGAUUUGGAUUCAACUAAUUGUUCUCUUUCUCCUGUUUGCGAUCUUCUAUUGUUUCACAAUCUCUGACGAUGACGGCGCCACCGCCUCCAUCUCGCCGGAAACUUCCUCCGUCUCGGCUAAAAGCUUCCGUUUCGAGGAGAUUCAACGGGUUGAGAAACCACUGUUAACAGCGGAUAAUGACUCAAUUACCCCUGUUUCAACUAACGGUCAACAUCGCGAUAUUACGCUCAAGCAGGGUGGGCAGAACCUAAGUAUUGAAGGCGAGAUAGAAACGUGUUCAAGCAUUACAAGUGAAGAGCUUUUGGAGGAGGAGGAGUCAACACUGAGUUCCCACCCUUGCAAUUUUUUUCAAGUAGCCACACUAGCAUUUCUUAAAUGUUUUGGUCUAGAUGAUUCCACGUUUGGUUCUUCAUCACAACAAAAACGUAGAAAAAGAAAAGAAAGUUGA